UCAUGGCCGGCACGUGAUGGUCGUCAGUUCAGUUCAAGAACAGCCACCUGCGUUUUGUCCCUAGCUCUUGGUAACUGAUUAUCGCUCACAGUGACUACCAGAACAGAUUUAGCAAUGGGGCCCAUGAUUCAGUUGAACUGCCGGCUCCCACCUGCUUCCUCCAUACGUUCUUAUAUGAAGCCUCCACCUUUGCAUACAACGAAGCAUUGAUUUCUGCUGUUCCUUCAACAAAAAUCUGGAGUUUUUCCAGUACUUUGCAAGCGACUCCGGUAUUCGAAACGUCAGUCUUCAGAUGUACGGCAACUUUCAUUUCGGCUUCUGCUUCAGCCGUUCCGUCCUUGCUCUGCCGUGCUUUACGAUAGAUUACGAUCGGAUCUUGUAUGACUUUAUUGCUGACUAGGUCAUAAUUGUAAGGGAGACCAGCGAUGGGCCAUUCUUUGUUCACCAGCUCACUAAAGGGAAGUCUCCGUUAAAUGAGUCCUUGAUUUGGAAAUCAGCCAUGUGCCAGUUACUCUCUACGUCUUAUAGAAGUUGUGACAUGCAGUGGAUAGUAGGAGGCUAUGUUCGUGCAGACACGAACAUAUGCAAGUGGUUCUUAUAUAGGACAUUCAAGAUCUCUGGUUACCUACCUCGAAUAUGGGCAUCUCGAAAACAAUCAAAGAAAUUCAAUCAUUCCACCCUCCCGUGAACCCAGCCGUUGCCGUGGUACUCAAACGAGUUGAUCGCACGCAUAUAUGCCCCACCUACACGCCCGCCGUGUUCCGACACGUCACCACAUCCCCAAAACGGACUUGCAGUAAUAACAGUGCCGCUAUGCUUGUUAUGCUCCACCAUGAUCUCUUCCGUGAGAUAGGCAUUGCCGACUUUGAAACAGAGAAGACCUUCUUUGUACUGAACCGUGCUCACAUCUUGGCAAUCGAUGCAGAUCAACUGUUCCAGGUCAUCCAAAUUCAAAACAUACUUGAGGCGUUCACCGCGAAAUCGAAUGCGAGUACGACUCCCGUCUGGAUUCUCAUGUUCCACCAAGUGAUCGUACUUCAGGGUAUCAUACGUUUCACAGAUCGGCUGAGGAUUGUCUGUUGCGUAUUCCGCGUUCGCUGCGGUAACACCUGCGAGAAUGGAGAGCAGCAAAGCUAUUAGCCAUAGCCGCAAAUGCGUUGGGCCAAUGCACUGGACCGACGAAGCGGUGAACUCGAUCGAUGAAAUCCGGAUUCAGCACACCUCGGCUGUUUGAGACAGGCAAUGCAGUAUCCGUAGUGGGAUCACAUUUCUCAUGACGGUCUUUCAUAGCCUGCCGAAUGUGCAUGACAUCAUGCUCCAUGUAAUUCACAACACCAAUCCGGCUCAACAAUAGAAGAGUGCAUGACCCUUCAAAGCACUAUGCCAUCGAGAAGCGUUCCUUCGUAUUGUCUCCAUUGAGAGUGGACUUGUCACGAAGGUAUCCUGCGCGCAAUACUAGCGGCAAUAGACAGAGAGCAUUGUCAAGCUGUAGCGGUACCUGGUAACAGCAUGGCAAUUCAGAUAUAUGCGCACCAUACCCAUAUUAGGUGCUCACGUAAGCCACUAGCAAGGGCCGACCAUCCGAAAGACAUUUGACAACUAUGGCAAAGCCCCUCAACGUCAUCUUUGAACUUGCGCCUUGCAAUCUCAACAAUGAAAUGCCUCUCUGCAUUUGAUUCCCAGGAUUUCCCAGAAACGCAAAUCGCACAAUGUAACCCUCAUGGUAACUCAUUAUUGUGGCGGGCAGUGGCUUAGUCACCAGACCCCUAACCCUAACCGUAACCCUAACCCUAACCCUGUUAGCACAAAUUCAGGGCUUCCAGAGCCAUCUUGGUCUUGUCAAUAAGUCAAUAGCUCACUAAAUUAUUCAAGUUACUGUCCCAUGACAAUUUUGAUGAAAUCAAUCAAGUAAUUCCAACAAAGUGUGUAUUCGCAGGCCGGACUUAGUGUCCGGAAUUAGCUUUAAAUAACAAAUAACUUGUACUACUGCUAAGCAUGAUACACCAAUCCAUGCUUUUACAAAUGCCCGAGCUAUGCUACACUAAGAAUGCAAGAUACUAGAAUGAAC